CGAAGCACUGAGGACUUGGAAAGGGGUGGACGGAAGAGGCGCGUGAAUGUGGGCAUGCGCAGGAGCGUGGGAUUCUUGGAGCCAUGGUUUGUGCCUAGAAACUACCCUAUGGCGUCGUUGAGCCCCGAUGCCCCUUGUUCCUGCGACUGCUUUGUCUCUGUGCCCCCGGCCUCAGUCAUCCCAGCUGUAAUCUUUGCAAAGAACUCAGACCGGCCCCGAGAUGAGGUGCAGGAGGUGGUGUUUAUACCAGCAGGCACUCACGUCCCUGGGAGCCGGCUUCAGGUGGGUUAGGACUUAGAAGGAGCUGGAAGGUUGAGACAUUAUUCCCAGACCUUCGUUUCCUUGCCCCUGGGACGGGAGCAGAUGGAGUGGAACGAGUACGUAGUUCCAGUCCACCAACCUGGACCCUUGAGUGGAGUUAGCUUCUGCUAACUCGGUUUACUUAUGCUGGCUUUGGAACGGAGCAGCACUGCCCAGGAGGCUGUGCACGUGAUUGCAGGCUUGCUGGACCGCUAUGGGCAGGAAGGCAGCUGCCGGGAGGAUCCAGAGCCAUUCUGCUAUCACAACACCUUUUUACUGGCUGAUCGGACAGAGGCGUGGGUGCUGGAGACAGCUGGGAGACUGUGGGCUGCUCAGCGGAUCCAGGGAGGUGCCCGGAAUAUUUCCAACCAGCUGAGCAUUGGUACAGACAUCUCAGCUGAACACCCAGAGCUCCGCAGCCAUGCCAAGGCUCAGGGUUGGUGGACUGGGCAGGGCCUCUUUGACUUUGCAGAGGUCUUCUCCCUGACCCAGCAGCCUGUGCGCAUGGAGGCUGCCAAGGCCCGAUUCCGGGCAGGGUGUGAGAUGCUGCAGCGACAUCAAGGGAACAUCACAGCAGAGGUGAUGAUGGGCAUCCUCAGGGACAAGGAGAGCGGCAUCUGCAUGGACUCCGGAGGUUUCCGCACCACAGCCAGUAUGGUAUCGGUCCUGCCCCAGGAUCCCACAAAGCCCUGUGUCCACUUCCUUACUGCCACCCCAGACCCAUCCAGGUCGGUAUUCAAGCCUUUCAUCUUUGAAGUGGGUGUGUCCCAGUCCCCCCAGGUGUUGUCCCCCACUUUUGGAGCCCAGGACCCUGUUCGGAUCCUCCCUCGAUUCCAGACUCGGGUGGACCGUCGGCACUCACUCUAUCGUGGACACCAGGCAGCCCUUGGGCUGAUGGAGGAUGAGCAGGAGCAGGCACAGCAACUCCGGGAAAAGCAGCAGCGGCUGGAGCAGGAAGGCCUAGAGGCUCUCAGAGGGCUGCUUACCGGUGAACAGACCCCACCACCCCAGGGCCUGGGCAGCCUCUUCCAGGCCUUUGUGGAGAGGGAGCAGCAGGCCUAUGCUUAAGCAUGCAGGAGCUCUAGGGUAGUUGCCCUGAGCUGUGGUGGGUGCGGUGGUGGGGUUGAAUCACAGCCAUCCCUUCACCCUGCUCAUCUAGGUUUGGAGUGACUUAAUAAAUGUUUUAUCUCCUUCUUCAGUGAA